UUGAACAAUUCCAUCCAUUAUACUGUGGUGUAUAUACAUAUGGAAGGUAGGAAGAUGAUGAUUAUGAUUAUGAAAGUGAUUGGAAUUGGAUGCCUGAAGCGCGGAAAUCUCAUUUCGUAGCUGCCUCUCGCUGCUGUUCUUCAGGUGUGAUUCUCUUUUCAUAACUGUUUCCUACGUACUUUUAUCGCAACAUCUUAAGUUCUUGAGAAUUAUGUGAUGCUGGAUGACUGGAUUUGAUAUUAAGCAAACAUAAGCUGUUUGAUCAGUAAUGAAUUAUUGGAGACUUUGUCUGCAAUGAGCUUAGUUAGGGUUCUAAGAAGGAUAAACAAACUAAUAGCAUAAAUAACCUAGCUAGUAGUACUUGAUCUUAUGGUAGCAUGUAAUAAGUAAGAGAAAGUGUUUGGAGAUAUGGAUUUUACGUUUGAUGACUUGAAGGAUGAUAUUAGAAAGACAAGUUAUAAUAAAUCAGUGUUCGACGAUGGACAUGGCGUGGAAAUGAACGGGAUGGAGCAAAACAAUGGCGGUAGACCUGCAGGCUGUACAUCACGAACUAGGUCUUACAUAGAAGAUUUGAGUUCUAGGAGGAAUGAGAUUGGAAUUGAAGGGAGCGGCAUACGUUUUCCAGGAAGAAUGAGGUUUUCAAAUUUACCUUAUGUCGAUCAGUAUGAGCAAACAACUGCUAACCAUUACUUAGAUAGAGUUGACCACGUGCAGCACAAUGGAAGAGACGAGCUCCUGAAGAAGAUUGAUGAACUAAAGGAUCAAAUUAUCAGAUCUUGUGAUAUUGUGACAGAGAGCCCUAGGCAAAGAUUUCACAAGAAUAGAAUAGUUCCUACUGGGACUAACCAUUAUGCCGGGCAUGGAUACUACACACCAAAUCUUUCAAACAAUUUGCAUAAUAGGCACGUUUCACAUGAAUCUUAUGGCGAAUAUAAUCAUAGACCUCUUCCUCCCAUCCAUAAGUUCAAUCUGGAUGCACAUGAGGUUUAUCCUGUUCAUAACGGUAAUUGGUCUCCAAAUCAAACAGCCAAAAGGCCUUCAGACCAGAUACAAUCUCAUUACCCAGGGAAAAACUAUCACAGGAAUUUUGAUGGGAAUCGUUCACAUGAUGACCGUGAAGCUUUCUAUCAUAAGCCUGAUUGCUCUUGCUUGAAAUGUUAUGCUGAUAACAUCCUAGUUCCAGAGACUUCUGACUUUAUUCAUCAGUCUCCUGGAAAGAUGGUGGAUUCCCUUAGAAAGAAAUUGGUCUAUAAGCCUAUAGCUGGUGGUGCCCCAUUUAUGCUGUGCACUAGUUGCUUUGAAUUGUUGAAGUUGCCUCGAAAGGGUGUCAUGAAUGUCAGAAAUGAACAACAACUCUGCUGUGGAAACUGUUCUGCUAUAUUUUUUAUCAGAAUUGAGAAGAACAAGAUUGUUCCCAUUCCUAAAGCAUCCAAUCAGGUUUUGAAUGAAGUUGGUACAUCAGGGACAAACUUACAUACUUAUAACCAUCAAAGAUUUGGUACCAAAGAGUCUUGUUCCAUUGAUUUUGAUAAUUCUAGUUUCGAUUUCCACUUCACAGUCGCUGAAUCCAAUAUAGUGUCAGUGGGAAAGAGUGAAUUUGGUAAUCAGGAGAAGGCUACUUUAGAAAAAAGCAUUUCCCCCUAUGAAAAAAUGGAAGAAGGAGAUGGAACGAUGAAAACUGAAUUGAAUGAAUGCCUAGUGACAAAUCAUAAGGAAGAUACAUCAGUAGAAACUGAAAUGGAUGAUCAAGUUGGGAUUAGCCAAGAAAGGAAUCAUAAUAAAACUGAUCUAGGCAAGGAAAUCCCAAGCUCCAGUGGAAGUGUUGAAAUGAAACCAAAUGUAUUUAUUAAUGGGAAACCUUUGGCAGAUCAUAUAGUCCAGAAAGCUGAAAAGUUUGCUGGACCUAUUCAACCUGGAAACUACUGGUAUGAUUUCCAAGCUGGAUUUUGGGGCGUAAUUGGUCAUCCUUGCCUUGGAAUAAUCCCUCCAUUUAUCGAGGAAUUAAGUUGUCCCAUGCCAGAUCGCUGUGGAGGCGGAAACACUGAAAUCUACGUGAAUGGACGCGAACUACACGAUAGAGACUUAGAUUUACUUGCUAACAGAGGCCUUCCAACUACAAGAAAUAAGUCUUAUGUGGUUUUGUUCUCUGGUAGAGUUUUUGAUAAGUACACAGGCCAUGAGCUGAAAAGCAUCGGCCAACUUGCUCCAACAGUUCAAAGACAGAUGUGUGGAUAUGGAAUGAAAGUCCCAAGAUUCCUGUCAAACUGACAAAUAUAAUGUUACAUUUUCAUAUUAAGGUA